GUAGCUCCCGUUUAUAAGGCGAAAUCCAGUGAAAAUUAUUGUUGAAGUACAUUUUUCGAAUAAUUUUUGUGAGCUUAAAAUCAUACAGAUAUGAAAGGUCAGUGUGUUUUGUGUCAGAAAACAAUAAAUGAUGUAAAACAUCCGGGUCUACAAUGUAGUUCCUGCAACAAAUCUUAUCAUGCGAACAACGUAUGUUCGGAUGUAAAUAAACAACAGCUUUCAUUAAUCGACACAUUGCCUGGGACCCUCUGGUUCUGCCGCGGAUGCCGUGACUCAACGGAAUCUCCCCCGCGACUUCCCAAUACUCGGUCCCGGACUGGAGCGCAACCGGUUUCACGGGACGCUGGAUACUCUGCUGAGGACGUCGAUCAUUCCUCCACUCCACCUAAUACAGAUCUACUUUCAUUACGGGAUGAAAUCCGUGACAUGAAAAGGAGCGUGGACUUCUGCUCCGAUAAAAUUUCGGAUUUUGAGGGUGUAGUUAGCAGAUUCAAUAACCUGCUGAAAUUAACUCAAGAAUUAAAAGCUGAAAACGCCGAUCUUAAAUUAGAGAUAUCAUCCUUAAACCAUAGGUUGAAUUCCAUGGAACAACAUACUAAGUCUAAUAAUAUCGAGAUACAGGAUGUCCCUGAGAAGACCGGCGAAAAUUUAUUCCAAAUUAUUGAUAAAAUUGGUAACUUUAUCGGUCAACCAAUCAAAAAAGAAAACGUUGAUUUCAUCACUAGGGUUAACACAAAAAUAGCGUCCAAACCAAAACAUAUUGUGGUGCGAUUUACAACGAAGCUGCUAAGAGAUGAAUUCUUAGCAAAGGCCAAAAUUAAACGCAAUCAAUGUGAAAAUCGCAGUUUGAUGCUAGAUGGAAUAUCAAAUAGAUUUUUCAUCAACGAGCAUCUCACAAUUGCGAACAAGAUCUUGCUCAGAAAAGUCCGCGAUGUGUCCAAGGAACGAAAUUUCAAGUUUGUCUGGGUUCGCGAUGGUGCCAUACUGGCACGAAAGGACGAGAGAAGUAAAAUAAUCCAGAUAUCUAGUGAAUCCGAUAUUGCAAAGAUCAAGUAA